ACGAGCUGCGGGGCGAGCUAGACCGCUUCGGGGCCGUGUGGGUUCGGCUGGGCGGGGAGGCCGGGCUGGACGCUGACGCCUUUCAGCGCGGCCUUCAGGGAGCUGUAUUUGAUGAAAAUACUAGAAAAGUAUUGGUUGUACAAGAUCGAGAUAAAUUGAAGAGCAUGUGGAAGUUUCCUGGAGGCCUGUCGGAGCCGGGCGAGAACAUCGGAGACACGGCCGUGCGCGAGGUCUUCGAGGAGACCGGGGUGCGGGCGGAGUUCCGGUCUCUGCUGAGCCUCCGCCAGCAGCACCGCAGCCCCGGCGCCUUCGGGAAGUCGGACCUGUUCGUGGUGUGCCGCCUGCAGCCGCGCUCGCUCGCCCUCCGCCUGUGCCCGCACGAGUGCGCCCGCGGCGCCUGGAUGGACCUGGGCCGCCUGGCGCGCACAGCCCACACCACAGCCCUCACCAGCCGGGUGGCGCGGCUGCUGCUGUAUGGACACGAGGCCGGCUUCGACAAGGUGGACCUGCCCAUGGAGCAGCUCCCGGCCGUGCACCCGGGGCUGUCCUACCAGCUCUACCACCGGCCGCUGCCCGCGGGCUAUAGGGCGGCCCGCGGGGGCCCCGCUGCGCGCCAGGAUGGUGGGCACGCGGGGGGCACAGCUCUGACUUUGGAGCAUGUAUGAUUUCCAUGAAGACAACUUGUUGGCAAAGCAUGUGAUUUCACAGGCCUUUUUCCCAGGGCGGCGAAGGGCAGAGGCCCCA